AACGGUCACAUAGCUAGAAAUUCAAAUUCGAAACAAGCUAGGUUCUCAACAACGGUCAUUAUUUUUCUUCACUCAUUUUCAACUCUCUUAGUUAACUAUCUCAAAACUAAAUCGCUCCAAAACAACUACUGAAUCAAACUAAACAAACAAGUUCCAAGAACAUGGAUGUUCCCGACAAAAUCAGUUCAUCUUCAUCACUUUCAAACGAACCCACUUCAAGUUCAAAAGGUGCCAUUUCAAAGCAUUUUAUGUCACCGAAUAUCUCUGCAAUUUCAAAAGCUAUUCCAACAAGAAAGAAAAUUCUAGGAGAAAGAAACCAAUCUUUGGAUACCCUUCUGCCAAAACCUUCAAAUCUUCAAUUAAAACUCACAGAAAAAGCUUCAAAUCUUGAUUUAAGAACCAAUUUUAGUACUGAUGAUGUUGGAUACAAUCAAGAAAAUUAUGUUCUUGAUGAUUAUCACUCUCCUAGGCCUCAAUUUCUCCGAUAUAAGCCGAUCAGGCGCAGAGAAAUGUUUCUUGAAACCGAAAAUGAGGUUAAAGAAACUAAAAUGGAGGAGAUGGUUGAUGACAGUGAUGAUGAAGAAUUUGACGGGGUAGAUGAGAAAAUAGGGUGUUGGGGUUUGAGAGGAGUGUUGAAAGUUGUGUUCUUGAUGAGUGUUUUGGUCUUUUCGAGUUUGUACAUUUCUUGUAUGAACACUCCAACACCAUCUCCUGCUGUAGUUAGUUUUAAGAACGGAUGUCGCGUGAUAGAAGAUCAUGUUUACGGAUUGGUGAAGAGUCUUGAGAGUGGAAAUUUGUUCUUGGUGGGAACAGAAGGAUCAGAGUUGGGGUUUUCUGUUGUUGAUGUUAAUGUACAUGAAUUGGAUUAUGAUAAGGAUGAGCUUGAUGUAGAGGUACUAAGUGGGAAGAUCGAAGAUUUCGGCUUGUUUAGUGAAGGGGGAGAAGAUGAAAUAGUUGAUGAAUCAUUAGAUAUGGUUAUAGAGGUUGAGUCUGCAGAAGUUGGAGAUGGUAGUAGUGAUCUUGAAAUUGCGGUAGUGGACGGGUUUCUUGAAGCUGAAGUAUCAGAAACUCCGUUAGAGAUUGUAUCGAGUGUUGUAGAUGACAUUGAGAAGAACAAAGAGGUUGCUCAUGUGCCAACCAAAUCAGAAUUCUUUGAAGCAGAAGCUAAAAGGAUUACUGAAGACAUGGAGAACUGGAUAAUUAUUGUUUGUUCAGUUAUUCUAUUUCUUACAUUAGGUGUUCAUUUUGUGAAGAUCAUAAAGGAGAUGAAGGCAUCUAAGGCAGCGAAAAAGCGCAGUAAAUUGCUUGCCUAUGAAGUAGAUGAGCACAUUGAGCAAUCUGUUUCUUUAACCAACUCCAUGUCAUUGCUUGCUGAUGAAGUAGAUGAGCAUAUCGAGCAACCGGUUUCCUUGUCCCACUCCAUGUCUCUGAUAGAUGAUGAAUACUCCGAUCAAACAGAUGAAAGCCGAGCCCCAACUGCUGAGUUGCUUGGUGAUAUUGUGGUGGGAGAGAUGAGUAGCUCUCGUAAUAGUUGUGGCAUGAGAGGCAGAGUGAUUGAAAAUGAAAUGAGCAGUAAUUCUGUUUCAUCCAUGAGUUCUCAUUCACAUUUUGCUGAGAGAAGUCUAAAGAAAGAGCAGGAGGAGGGAGGGGAUGAAGAAGAAGUUGAGAAGAAGGUUCUGACAACAACAACUCCGUUGAGACGAUCAAGCAGAAUCCGAAAUCGCGUAAUGUCUCCAUGAUUUUAUAUUCUGUUGCUGCUAAAUAUGAAACAGCUUUCUCUGUUGUUUCAUUGCAAACCUUAUCCAGCUUUAGUUUUAUAACUGUAGAACUUAAUUAGUUAGCUCUAGAACUUAAUUAGUUAACUUUUUGGUGGAAUUCAUUUUGUAAAUGAAUCUGUGUUUGAUUUACCUUAAAAUUCACUUAGUAUAACUCUACAGAAUUGAGUUUGCUUUUAA